AUCUUCCCUUUCGGUCCUUGCCCACAGGGGAACAAGGUCGUGGAGAAAGCAGUGCUGAGUGUGCUGCCGCCAUUUCUUCCGCCUUAAGUUUCUGCGCCUUUCGCAGGGCUUCCAACAGCGCUAUGUUGGGACAAAGCAUCCGGAGGUUCACAACCUCUGUGGUCCGUAGGAGCCACUAUGAGGAGGGUCCAGGGAAGAAUAUACCAUUUUCAGUGGAAAACAAGUGGCGGUUACUAGCUAUGAUGACUUUGUACUUUGGGUCUGGAUUUGCUGCACCUUUCUAUAUAGUAAGACACCAACUGCUUAAAAAAUAAUCCAUGAGACAGAUACGAAGAGGAACAUUUUAAGAUGUGCAGUCUCUUUGAAAAAAGGAUCAAACUCUUGAACUCAGCAUCCUAGAUAUGUUUGUAAAUAAACAUAGCAUAAAUCCUUAAUGCCUCUUCUCUGAAAUAUGGAACAUGAUAAUUGA